GUGAUUCGAUUUUCUUUCCAGAAACUGGGGUAACCCGCAUGGCGUUUGUGAAACUACCAUCAAAGCUUUAUUAAAUAUAUAAAAGAAUCGGAUAUUUAAAAUUAAUAGGCCUAUGACAAACUGAAAAGUCUUGUUAGACUUAACCUCAAUGCAUUCGCUUUUGUAUCAUAGACAACACAACGCAUAGGAGUUCGAACAGGAAUGGCCGUCGUGGUCCUAUGCCAACUGAGUCCACGUUGCAAUGCCCAUGCCUCGAUUCUGAUGCGUGUCCAGUCACGACGGUCCAGUUUGACUCGUUAUUAAGCUAGGCUCUGUUUUCUUUGAUCAGCGACGUCAGAGAAGUCCCAUAUACUGCUAUGGAGAUCUGCUGAAGACGGUGCAGCUGUUUGACAUAUUUAAUGAUUCCAAGACAUUUGUGGACAUGAAGCAGAGGCAGCCGCCGGCGGAAACUCUGCGACUGUUCGAGGACUUCAUGGGACAGACAGGCGGCAAUCCGAAUCGAGAUCAGGUUAUAGAAUUCGUGGAAAAGACAUUCGUUGAAGGGAACGAACUUCGGCCUUGGUCCCCUGGUGACUGGAAGGAGAACCCGGUAGUACUGCAGAAGAUUGCAGACCCUGACCUCAGGGAGUGGGCGAGAGAACUUAAUUUACUGUGGAAGAACCUGAGUCGAAAGAUGUCUGAUGACGUUCACGAGCAUCCAGACGAGUAUUCAAUCAUCUACGUACCAAACGGCUUUGUUAUUCCAGGUGGAAGAUUCAGGGAGUUUUACUACUGGGACACAUAUUGGAUCAUACAAGGCUUGCUACUUUCUGAAAUGUACGACACAACACGGGGAAUCUUGGAGAACUUCCUGUCCAUGGUUGAAAAGUAUGGGUUUGUACCUAACGGAGGACGGGUAUAUUAUGUUGAGCGUUCUCAGCCACCACUCUUUAUACCAAUGGUAGAUAGCUAUGUGACUCAGACUGGUAACAUCACCUUCCUUAAGAACAACAUACACCUGCUGGAAGCAGAGUUCCAGUUCUGGAUGACUAACCGAACUGUGACUGUCAACAUAAAUGGCAAGGAAUACAAACUGGCUCGAUACUAUGCGGCAUCACAAGGUCCACGCCCAGAGUCCUACAGUGAGGACUACCGUCAUGCAGAACAACUUCCAACUGAGGAGGAAAAGGAAGAUUUCUACAUCAAUAUAAAAUCUGCAGCUGAAUCCGGCUGGGACUUUUCUAGUCGAUGGUUCAUUGCCAAUGGUACAAAUGAUGGAAGUCUUCUUGACAUUCACACAGAAGACAUCAUCCCAGUGGACCUGAAUUCUUUUUUGUACUGGGAUGCAACACUUCUUUCAAAAUUCUACCAAACAUUGGGUGAUCUCGAAAAGUCUCAGCAUUAUCAUAAUGUGGCUGAGCAGUGGAAGGCUGCUGUGACUGCUGUUCAUUGGAGUGACAAGCACGGAACCUGGCUAGACUAUGAUAUUCUCAACAAAAAAUCUCGGGAGUACUUCUACCCAUCCAACUUAGCACCACUCUGGACACACUGUUAUGAUGCAGAACUUUCAGAAUUUUAUGCCAGAAAAUCAGUACAAUACAUUGGUGACGAAGCAAUUCGCAGUUACUUAGGGGGAAUACCAACAUCACUUGAAUUGACAACUGAGCAGUGGGACUUCCCAAAUGCAUGGCCGCCUCUGCAGAUAAUUGCUAUCCAGGGUCUUGCAUACACAAAGGACGCAUCUGCUAAAAAUCUGGCUUAUGAACUUGCAAGAAACUGGGUAUAUGCAAAUCAUAAGGGUUAUCUUGAUUCAAAGGAGAUGUUUGAAAAGUAUGAUGCAGAGAAUCCUGGGAAAUACGGAGGUGGAGGAGAGUAUACAGUGCAGUCAGGAUUUGGCUGGACAAAUGGUGUCAUAUUUGAACUGCUGAACACAUAUGGAUUAAGCCUCACUUCAGCCAGGAGUCGCCGCAUACACUACCCCAGGAGAUGACAGCCAAUCAAAAAGAGACUGCACUCCACAAGAAGAUAACUGCUGCCAGAUAUUUUAAUAUUGUCAUAUAUUCACGUGUACUUAAAUAAAUAUCACUGUAAAUAUCAAACACAUCACAUUUCAUUAUACUUCACUGGUGUGAUCUUGUACAAGUUGCACUGUUUGCGUCUAUUCUGUGGUUGUUGUAUCCAAAUCUGGCAAGAUCCUUUGUGACCACACUGAAAUUAACUUUCAUCCGCCCCUGUGAUCGAACCCGUGUCACUGAAAGUGCACACCAGAUCGUCAUCAGAAUUCAUCAAGCAUCAGCUACACCACCUAAUCCACUUUAAAUUUAAGAAUUACAAAUGAAUGUGUACAAUGUGCUGAGAUAUAAGUUGCUUUAUGGAUAGUCAGUGUAAUUUACUACUGGGGAAAAAUAGUUAUGUUGUGCAAACAAUUUGAAGUUUUAAGAAAUGUGUUGAUUGCCAUUGCUCAUCUUUACACAUGAGAAAGUUCCACCUUAACUGAGAACAUUUUGAUGUACAUUAUUAUGGGUGGGCUCCGACUAAGUGUUAGACAAUUUGGACUACACUUUGUAAAAAUCUCCAAACCUGGAUUUUGGGAAGACAGUGUUUUUACAAUCCUGAAGAAGUUGGAAACUGGGACUUCUUAUUAAAAGUUAAAUGCAAAAUAAAAUUUUAAAUCACACUGGCCAGUUGGGGCUGCUGCCACUUAAUUAUUCUUCCUAUGACAUUUCCACUUCAUGUUGGUUGCCUGACUACUUACUUCGGUAGUGAAAAUAAAUGAAAAGGAAUAUUGCUGCAUCAAAACAUGUUUCAGAAACACUGUUAUAAUUCUAUGAGAACAUUCUGUUAAAUAUGUAUCUUUGAUAUGAGAAGCCAUUUUUAAGGGAACAACUGUCAGUUUCUAAGAUGGAGGUACUGACAAGAUUUUCUGAAUUCCUUAAAGGGCAAUAAUGAUAAUACUGUAAGUAUCUGACUUGUAUCAAGUCAAAGUACAAAGCUACAUUUAAACCAAAGUUUAAGUAUAUUCAAGUCAGAAACAUAACACAAUUAUUGUACUGCAAAAUCUUGUUUUGAAACUUUAUAGAGCUGGAUAUCUAACUUUCACUUUUGAACAUGACACCACAUGACAAACACCCUUAUAAUAUACAGGGCAUUUGAAAAGUUGCUGUGCAGUGCCAAUAUUGCCAGGUUGUACAUUACUAUAUCACUGCAACUGCACAGUGACUUUUUGAAUGCACUGUAUUAGAAAUACCUUUGUGUGGCAAUGAAUUAAGUAUACUUAUGCAUAAUAAUCACUAAUUUGACUUGCAUUUGGUGCAUUUUAGGUUUCUUAAAUGUGGAGUGUUUUAACCCAAAAUAUACUUAAUUUGUUUCAAUACUUCCAUGACUAUAAUUUCACCAUUUUGCAGCAGUGAACUGCAUUUUCAAGGAACUUUAUGAAUGUUGCAAUACAGUACACAGAAACAUGAAUGAUUAAAAUCACAUAUCUUUCCAUAUUUAGAAAUUCAUGGCGCUUAAGAAGUCUGCCCAAAACUUUUAAGACUCAUAAGGACAAAUUUAUUGAUACUGAGAGCAUCUUCUUCCUUCAGCUCUGUUUCCAUUUUAUAUGGACCAAUGGACAGGGACUGCAUCAUAUAGUACCUUAUAAAAUGCAGCAAAACCAAAGGUGACAAGUAUUUAUUAAAAUUAUUUAUAGAUUAGAAAGUAUGGAUACAAUACAAAUGUCUUAAGAUUGCUAAAACUCACUAACAAUUGCCAUCUAUCACAAAAAUGCACCACAAGGGACCUAAAGUAUGAAUAUAUAUUAUAAGAAAUAUUUUAAUCUUUAUACACCAAACUGUUUGAAAUACACUGCAUUUACUUUGAGAACAAAUUAUUUUUUCAGACAUCUAUAAAUAAAGAACCACUCAUACCGCUA